CACGUGUGUUGCUUUUUCUGUUUUUCUAAAACAGUACAGCAGCUAGCCUAAUCUCACCAUCCAGACACACACAUACACCCUUGAGUGGGGGCCAACAUGUAACGACUUUCUGGUCGUUGAAACAAUGUUUCUAUAUCUUCUCUGGCCUCAGAUCGUUUUCUAUAACAGCUCUGUGUCGCAGCACUCAGGCAGUCCUUUGGGUGUGUACAACAUGUCUGCGGAUUGGGUCGGAUAUGGAUAUGCAGCCCUCAUCGCAUCCGGGGGGGUCAUGGGUUAUGUGAAAGCAGGCAGUGUUCCCUCCCUUGCUGCGGGUCUUCUCUUCGGUGGCCUUGCAGGUUUUGGUGCCUACCAGAUCUCCAAUGACCCCAAAAAUAUUUGGGUGUCCCUAGUUACAUCAGGAGCUCUGACUGGCGUCAUGGGAAAGAGGUUCUAUGGAUCCAGGAAGUUCAUGCCAGCUGGCUUGAUGGCUGGAGCAAGUCUUCUGAUGAUGGGAAAGCUUGGUCUCACAUUGCUCCAGAAACCGCAGGAGUCCUGAAGGAGUCGAGGUUCCAUCUGUUGUUUCAGGAGCUUCCCGUCAGCGUUUGUCACUUACUGUUAAUGUCAUUUUGUAAAAAUGAAAUAUAGUACCUUGUUUAUAUAAUAGGA